AUGAUCAACGCAGUACUGGUCUUCAACAACAAUGGCCAGCCACGACUGACCAAGUUCUACACCCAACUCGACACCUCCGUCCAACAACGCCUCCUCUCCGAAAUCUUCACCCUCGUCUCCACCCGGCCCUCCAGCUCCUGCAACUUCCUGCCCCUCCCACCCCUCCUCGCCCCCUCCACCAGCACCAAACCCGGCGAGCAACACAACGACGCCCCCUCCCUCGUCACCUACCGGCACUACGCAACCCUCUACUUCAUCGUCAUCUCGACCUCCACCGAAUCGCCGCUCGCCCUCCUCGACCUCAUCCAAGUCUUCGUCGAAGCGCUGGAUCGGCUGUUCGAGAACGUGUGCGAGUUGGAUCUGAUUUUCAAUUUUGAGACUUUGCAUGCGGUGUUGGGGGAGAUGAUUGUGGGCGGGGUGGUGGUGGAGACGGGGUUGGAGAGGGUUGUUGAGGGGGUCAAGACGCAGGGGAGGGUUGCGAAACGGCCGGUUAAUGAGGGGAGGGGUGGAGUUGGGGGGUUGGGGCAAGGGAUUUGGGUGGGGAGGUGA